AUGAAAGCGGCCAGACUCAUCGGCCCUAAGCUCUUCGAACUUUUGGAAGCGGAAACGCCCUCGGCACAGGACGGGGAAUGCCUGGUCCGGCUGGAGCGCGUCUCCGUCUGCGGCAGUGAUAUUCGCCAUGGGUUCGCCAUCAACCCGGAGGAAUACUAUCCGGCUCCCAUCGGGCACCCUUGCCACGAGUUGGCUGGCACCAUCGUCGAGAGCCGCACCGAUGCUUACCACGAAGGGCAGCGCGUCAUUGUCAUUCCGCCGCGUGGGUCCGCCGGGUUGGUGGAAUACAUGGUGUCUGACCCGGGCCGCAUGAUUUUGCUUCCCGAUGAGGGCUCGCUUGACGACUGGAUCAUGUGCCAGCCUUCGGGCACGGUGCUGUAUUCCUGCCAGCAGAUGCCCAACCUGCUGGGCAAGAACGUGGUCGUGAUGGGGCAGGGAAGCAUCGGUCUCAGCUUUACCAUGAUCACCUCCCGCAUCGGAGCCCGGAACGUCAUCGGGGUUGACCUGCUCGACAACAGGCUGGAAGCCUCAAAGACGUUUGGUUCCACCUACCAGCUCAAUCCUGAUAGGGAUAACCUGGAGGAGGCGGUGGCCGAGAUCACCGGCGGCGUUGGAGCCGACGUGGUUGUGGAAGCGGCGGGCUACGCCGACACUUUCAACAUGUGCUUCCGGCUGGUCCGCCAGAACGGGACCUGCAUCAUUUUCGGUAUCCAGGAGGAGGAAUUCAUUCCCCUGGAACAUAACUGGCUUAUGGACAAGCAGCCGCGAAUCAUCCCGACGACCGGAGCUCGCAGCGGCGAUCCAAUCAGCCACAUUCAGGAAAUCGUGGCGCUGCGCCAGCGAGGAUGGUGCGACCCUGCCCCGCUGGUCACCCACCAAAUGGGCUUCUCCGAUGUUCAGAAGGCCUACGAUAUGUACGAUCAACGGACGGACAACAUCAUCAAGGUGUGA